AUGGCUCGACUUCUUGAUUUACCUUCCGAGUUGCUCGUCACGAUAUUUGAACUAGCGACGGACAAUCCGACUAGGAACAUCGAUGAAUUCGCAUCUCUGCCUCGCUUCGAACCGAUCUAUAGGGAAGGUGCUGCUGAGUUAUGCAAGAGUGCUUUUCGUACCAAGUCUUCUUUAACUUUGGUCUGCAAGACGUUUAGGCGACUUACUCUGAGGCUGCUCUAUGAGUACAUCUGGAUUCGGCAUGGGUGUACGUACCUUCUGGAGGCUCUUGAGUUAUCAAAGAAGACGUCUCGCCCUGGCUCGGACCUAGGAAGCUACGUGAAGCGCGUCUCAAUAUCCAUACCAGCUCGUGGAGAAUCAGAAACACACCAGUCGUGGGACCCGAUAUUCGAGGCCGCACGUAGUAUAUUAUCUCUCUGUCCUGAUGUCUGUGCCAUCUCACGUCCACACGAGAUACUUCCAGGAGAGAGACAAGAAGACGGAGAGGUGGAAUUACACAGUCCCUCAAAUCCAAUCGACGACCUUGACUUUCCCCACCUACACCGCGUAGAUUGGUACAACACCCACUCCGACCUCCCUUUCGCAAGUAUACCCUCUCCAAGGUUCAUCUGGAACUCUAACUCGCUACGCGUACUAAUCGUAGGAGCAGACAAUUUCCCAAGUCGACCCGACGACGGGCAGGACCAAGAAAUCGUAAUCAGCCUACCAAAUUUACACACCCUCGGAAUCCGGUCGUUCAACACGUUCGGAUACGAAGGUCGUCCUUGUACACUUCACCUUCCCUCCCUCCGUCGACUCAUCAUCGGCAGACCAGAGGCGAUAUACAACUUCUAUUCGGGUUGCUUGGCGCCCUUCGGUUCCCAAAUAACAGAAAUCGAGUUAGAACCGGAUGUACGGUUCUUGAGACAUGAUUUCGUUACGACGCUUUUGUGUUAUUGUCCAAAUGUGAGGGAUUUGUGUAUCCCGAUUGGGACUACGAGACCUGUGAACCGGACUGAGAUACCGAGGGUGGUGACGAGUUUUGUUGUUGAGAGGGUUUGGUUGCAUGCUGCGUUUCCUGGAUCUCCUAAACCUGGAACUGGGACUGGAAUUGGGAUUGGGAUUGGAAUUGGAACUGGAUCUGGUAGGAUCGUUUAUGAUUAUAAGGACGUACCUUGGUGGACUUUACUUAGAGAGCAUUUUGAGUGCUUUUGUGGGACGAGUUCGAGGUUUACGAAGUUGGAGCGAAUCAUGCUUUGUGGAGAGGAGUGGAGGGAGACUGUUGAAGAUGAGCGGUUUGCUGAGUUGGUGCGGCUUACACGAGUCAAGGGAGUGAAUGUUGAAUGUGAAGACAAGAAGUUGCAAGAUAAGAUUACGAAACUGGUUGAGGUAACUUUGCAAGAGAACUUAUGA